AUGCAGCCUCGGACGACCACCUGUUGGGUGCCAUCGGAGACCAGCCUAAAGCGGGAAAGCUUCAAUGACAUUGUCUUGCACAAGACGACGAAUAUUUCGUUGCGGCUCAUGAGCGCCAACGUCAUGGGCAGGAGUGCGAUGAGCGACUUUCCGGCAGUCGGCGACCGCAGCUACCUCACAGCGGCUGGCCAGGGGAAGUUCUUUCACAGCUCAGGUAGCUUUCGGAAGCGAUCGACAAGCGCGGCCAGCCUGAAGUCGCUGCGCUUCAACGGCAGCAGUCAGGAUGGCAAUGGGUCUAUCCGAAUGGGAACACCGGUCGCAGAGCUCUCAGAUCAGCGUCGUGAGAGCUUGAGCGGGAAUAGCCGCCACGGGUACAUGCCGCCUGAGGCGGGGCGAAUCGAGCCUAAGGAUUGCAACCUCUCCCCGUGGAUUCUCCGAAAAGUGGAGGCCCUCUACCAAAAGAUGGACGAGAAUGCGGAUGGGCGCCUCACCAAGGCGGAGGCCCAGAACUUCUUCAGCCGAUUCGGCAAAAUCAGUGCGUCUGCCAUGUUCUCGGAGGUGGAUGAAAACAACGACGGGGAGAUCCUGCCGUCGGAGUGGCGUUAUUUCUGGCAGCAGGUGCGCGACAACGGCUACAGCGAAGGGGACAUUGCUGAGGAACUCCAGGAGCUCAUGUCUGGGGGCGUAUGGGUGGAUUUCCUGGACGAUCGCAAUGUUUCCGUUGGCUCACGAAGCGCACCCAAAGUGGGUCGCUCAAAGGAGUGA